AUGAGUGGUAAUACGAGUACAACCCAGAGACCUGAGUCGAGAGGAAGCACAGGGCCAAAGCCGAGUAUUCCUGGGAGAGUUUUUGCUAUGAGUAGAGCAAAGGCUUCACAGUCUGUGGAGUUAAUUCAAGGUAAAUGUGUUCUAAAAGGCAGAUUGUUGGAUGUCUUAUUUGACUCGGGUGUUAUGCACUCUUUUGUUUCCGUGGAUUGUAUGAAGUGUUUGGGUUUGUACGUGGCUGAAUUAUUGUGCAAUGUUGUGGUGACUACCCCUAUGGAUUGGCUAGCUGCCAACCAUGUGUUGCUAGGCUGCAGAGAGAAGACAUUGAUUUUUGGUACGUCGAAGUCUAAAAUUUCAAGGCUUUUGAGUCAAGGUGUGUGGGAGAACACAGUGUAUGCUAAGGCCUUUAUGGUCAUGUUCUCAUUGGAGGUUGAAAGUGGAGUGGAGUCAAAGUAUAUCAUAGUGGUGAAGGACUUCUUGGAAGUCUUCCCUAAAGAUGUAUUAGAAUUGUCACCUGAGAGGAAGAUAGAGUUCACCAUUGACCUCAUUCCGUGA